AUGAAGAUCAAGAGGGAGAGCUCAAGAAUAGUGAAGCCAAUAUAUGAAGGAGAUCACCCACCAACCACUCUCCACAUUCCUUUAACAGUCUUUGAUAAGGCCACAUACAAUGCUCAUGUAGCAAUCAUCUAUGGUUAUAGGCCGCCGACGCCGCCAAAUGCAGCAAUCGAGCGAGGGCUUCGUAAGGUCUUAUCGGAGUAUAGGGAGUGGGCAGGCAGGUUGGGCGUGGCUGAUGAGAAGGGCCGGCGUCGCCCCGUUAUUCUACUCAACGAUGGCGGCAUCAAAUUUGUUGAGGCCUCAGUUGAUUGCACCCUUGAUCAGGCUAUCAUGCCCUUCAAGCCAUCACCCAUGUUACUAAACUUUCAUCCUAGCCUUAAGGGUGUGGAAGAGCUGGUGCAAGUCCAACUCACUCGCUUUACUUGUGGAUCUUUAGUUAUUGGGUUUACUGCACACCAUCUAGUAGCUGAUGGGCACUCAACUAGCAACUUCUUGGUAGCAUGGAGCCAAGUAUGCCGAGGCAUUGACAUGAACCCAUGUCCCUUCCACAAUCGCUCCAUUUUCGCCCCUCGAGAGCUGCCGAUCUUAGAAUUCGAACACAGAGGAGUGGAGUUCACAAGCAAGAAGCUCAGCAAAGUAUUUCCUCUCUUUGAACAAUCACAAGUAAUAACUGAAGAUAUAGUGGUGCACAAGGUUCAUUUCACAUUGGAGUUCCUAGCCAAUCUCAAGGCUAGAGCUUCUUCGAGCCAUGGUACUAAUAAGCUCUAUAGCACAUUUGAGAGCUUGGCUGCCCAUCUUUGGAGAACUAUCACAACGGCUCGUGGGCUUAAUGGAUUUGAGAUAACCCAAGUUAGGAUCUCAGUGAAUGGGCGAGGGAGGUUGAACCUCAACCCAUGUGUGCCCAAUGAGUAUUUUGGAAAUUUGGUGCUAUGGGCAUUCCCUAGUGCAAAGGUAGAGGACCUCUUGAGUGAACCACUGCCUUUUGCAACCAAGAUCAUACAUGAUUCCAUAGCCAAAGUGAAUGGUAACUACUUCAAAUCAUUCAUUGAUUUUGCCAGCUACAAGGUGGAUGAAGAAGGGCUUGUGCCGACCGCCGACAUGAACAAAUCAGUGUUGUGCCCGAAUUUGGAGGUGGAUAGCUGGUUGCGGUUUCCAUUCUAUGACCUGGACUUGGGUGGGGGAAGCCCUUUCAUGUUCAUGCCAUCUUUUUUUCCAACAGAAGGGAUGAUGUUUCUUCUCCCUUCCUUCAUAAGGGAUGGAAGCAUUGAUGCCUUUAUACCCUUGUUCCAACAAAACUUAGUUGCCUUCAAACAGAUCUGUUACAGUCUAGAUUAG